AGUAUAUUUUACGAAGUAUAUUUCAAGAAAAACAUUAAAUUAUUUUACGGAGUAUAAAUAAAAUAAAUUUUAAUUUUUUUUAAAAAAAAUUGACUUUAUACGUGUCAAAUACAAAGUUAAUAAAAUAUUAGAUAAAUUACAAGUUAACUUGGAAGUCAUAUGGAAUGUCACAUGUACACAAGAAAGCUAAGUAGAACGCUACAUCUGUUUGUGAAUGGAUGAGAAAGAAGGGUAUUUAUAAAUUCUCAUCUAGUGACUAUGCUGUCCAGUUCAGCUUGAUAUGUAAGGUUCGUGGAAGUUGUGCUGCGGAGCGCUAUGCCAAGAACUUGCCAAAACAAGCUAGAAAUGACAAGACAUACGGAGAAGUCAUUGGUUGUUAUGUGCAUGAACACAGUCAAAGAGCAGGCAUAUGGUUAAGUCCUUUAUUGCAUCUUCAAAGGAUGAAAGAGUUGGGUUUUGCAUUGUCACCUUGCCCCUUCAAUGAAAUCAUGCGCAUUCAGGGCAAACCUAAGGAGGUCCUUGAGGGGUGGGCCGAGAUGAAGAAGAGCGGGGUUUCACCCGAUAAUGAUAGUUAUAGAAUCCGCAUUAGUUCAUUUGGGUUAUACUAUGAUGUGGAUGGGAUGGAGAGAAUGCUGAGAGAAAUGGAGACUCAACCCCACAUUGUCAUGGACUGGUGUACUUACGCCGUGAGGAAAUGGCAGAAGCUUGGACAAGAGAGAAAAGGGGCCAGGUUGCAGAAAUAUGGUUUGUACUGGCUUCGCAUUACCAGCUACAUGGUAAAAUGUCUUUCUCAACCAAACUACAAAAAGUGGAGUAGUCUUUUUCUUCUCCUUGUUCGGCGUUUCAAACUUCAAGGAUACCUUGAUGGAUCUGUCGUCCCUCUCUCUGACGACGACGACGAAUGGUGCCAACUUGAUGCUCUUCUCCAAGGUUGGAUUCUCUCCACCAUCACUGAUGAAGUGUCAGAUCUGAUCAUCUCUUCUCUCACCACCGCCUCUGCUCUCUGGAAGGUCAUUCAUGACCUCUUUCAUGAUAACAAACAUGCCCGCGCCAUGCAGUUGGAACAUGAAUUUCGUACCACCGUCAAGGGCUCCACCUCCAUGGCGGCCUAUUGCCAACGGCUCCAAAAUCUUGCCGAUUGGUUGGACGAUGUUGAUGCACCGGUUUCUCAACACCAACUCGUUCUUCAGAUGCUCCGAGGGCUUCCCGCAGAUCUUCAAGGCCAGACCUCGUUCAUGCAGUUUCAGGAUCCUAUGCCGAAUUUUCUUCAGGUUCGAUCGGCUCUCAUGCUCUUGGAUCGUCAGCGGUCAAACCCUGCUGACCCCGGUAGCACGGCCUUGCUCACCACCCGAAUCGGCGGGACAAACGGCAGCAGCAGCUACGGUGGACAGCACGGCGGCAGCAGCUACGACAUGGGCGACUUACAUUUCUUCCUCGGCAUCAACGUCCAUCGCACCUCCACUGGGAUGUUCCUCCAUCAGACUCAGUUUACCCAUGACAUCCUUGAGCGGGCUGGGAUGGUCUCCUGUCGUCCUAUCUCUACGCCAGUGGACACAAAGGCAAAAUUAUCAUCCUCAGCUGGGACGGCCCUUCCAGAUCCGACGUUGUACAGGUUUCCUAAAUAUGGCUCUCCUACUAUUGAUUAGGAUUGAAGCCUCUACUAUAUAUUGAUGUAUUCUCUACACAAUUAUUCAAUGAAAAUAUUCUUUCUACACAAAAUUUAUCAUUUUGUUCAAGACAUUAUUGUUCUUUAUUUUUCACUCGGUAGUUACCAAUAUACACUUAAUAAUUUAUAGUCUUCAUU